AAGGGGGUUAUGCCAGGAGAGCUUGAAAGGAAGGGACGAUCCAGCUCUCCGUCUGUCCAUCCGUCCGUCCACCCGUCAUCCAGAGCCGAUAUCUCAGGUCGGACGGUCCCGUUUUGAAUUCUUUCUUUUUCUCUUGUAAUUUUAGUUUUUUUCUCUUUUUUGAUGGAGGGAUGUGAAGGAUCACGUGAAGAAAGGAGGAGCUGCAUUGUGGAUGUCUGAAAGGUUGUGUCAUUUAUAGUUUUUUUGGUUUGUUCUUAUUUCAACGAUCACUUUAUUUCAACGAUCACCUGAAUUGAAGCGUGUGUGUGAGCAGCAGGACUGGAGGCUAUAAGGACUUUGAGACUUAUCUCUGUUUUGAUAUGAUUCGGUCGUCAGGAAAAUUCUUUCCUGUCCUGAAGGAGCUGUGUCAAAGUUAGCUGGAGCUGCAGGGAGAGGAGGGGGCCGUGGGGAGGGCCUGUGGCCCAGGACGAAGCACCCAACCUGGGACGCACACAGGGGGACACUGUCGUAGUGGCUCUUCUCACCCACUGAUAAAUGUGUACCUGAAAAUGACACCAUGAGUUUUAUAUUUUCCUGCUGCCAUGGUGACGGAGGGACAGUGACAACAACGUAAACAACAACAAGUGCAAUAGCAGGCAACAGCCUAAAGGAGAACAACAACAGCUAAACCACCAGUGACUGGAACAACACAUUGCAUCGAACCAAACCUCAACUAGUCAACAUCCCACAACUUUGGGUGAGCCUUUGACAAGGACUCCACCACUCUCACUGCCGUGGUGGUCUCCUCCCUCCAUUCACCAGCAAGAAUCCCCUAGUGACCCCCACUCUGCUACUAUAUUCCUCCAGAUAUUGUUGACAUAACAUAUUGACAUUUCUAUGUCAAUCUAGGAAAGUUUUCUCAAGGAUUCUGGGUAAUCUCCUCCGGCGGUGCGCCGUCGCCCUGGGUGAAAGGGCAGGGGGGCGGCCCACGGUUCCCCCCGACCACAACCGGGUGAAGAACAGGAGCGGGCGGCAAUAUGGCGGCUCUCGCCAGCUCGUUGAUCCGCCAGCGGCGGGAGGUGAAGGACCCCCAGGCCAACCGGCAGGUGGCCAACAAGAGGAAGCCGUGCCCCAAGGCCAACAAGUCCCUGUGCCAGAAACAAAUAUUAUUACUCAUAUCAAAAGUCCGACUAUGUGGCAAUCGAGGGCGAAAGUUAGAAAAAAAACCGGAGCCCCAACUGAAAGGUAUCGUCACAAGACUCUACAACCGGCAUGGCUUCUACCUCCAGAUGCUUCCGGAUGGCACCAUGGACGGCACAAAGGACGAAAGCAGCUCCUUCUUGCAGUUCAACUUGAUUCCUGUGGGACUGAGGAUAGUAGCCAUCCAGAGCACUAAGACAGGGCUCUACAUUGGGAUGAACAGCGAUGGAUACCUCUACACCUCAGAACACUUCACCCCAGAGUGCAAGUUCAAAGAGAGUGUGUUUGAGAACUACUACGUGACGUACUCGUCAAUCCUGUACCGGCAGACCCAGUCGGGCAGGGCCUGGUACAUCGGCAUCAACCGGGACGGACAGGUCAUGAAGGGCAACAGGGUCAAGAAGACCAAAGGGGCGGCCCACUUCCUGCCCAAACUCAUAGAAGUGGCAAUGUACAGGGAGCCUUCGCUGCAUGAAGUGGUGGUGGUCGCCGAGCUGAGUCCGCCCAGAAAAACGGCCAAGACCUCCGAUUCGCCCGUGCUGCAGAACGGCAAGAAAGACCCGCCCUCCAAAACCAAAACUUCCUAGCGCACGGAGAAGACAGGGGGCAAUGGGCAUUGACUGGCACUGGCUGGCGAACAAAGUCUUCCUGUUUUUAUUACAAAGGGGUGUCACCGUCAAAUGUUUCCCCCCUGCCCCACCGAGCGGCGCGUAGAGGCGGCCGUAUUGUUCUAUAUUCCCACAGGUUUCAUCCAUACUAAUGUAAGGUUGACCAAGGAUGUGAAAUUUCACUCUAUUCCGUUUAUAGUGCACUAUUUCUGACCAAAGCUUGCACAGGACUGUGGUCAAAAGUAGUGCACUAUAAAGGGAAUUUGGGUGCCACAUGGGACGUGUCCCCAAACACCCUGUUGUUCUCUUCACAUCUGUUACCAGGUAUUCUUUGUCCGUCAGCACCUUUGUGACCAUAGCGAUCCCCUCCAUACUUAAGCAAUGAUUUGGAGGUUCUCUUUUCUUUUUUUCUUUCUCUCAUUCACCUUUGGUGAAAUUUGAUUCGUUUGUGACACGGAGUCAAUUUUCCCCUCGGCAGCACGAGAGAAACUUCCUCGUUCUUCUCUAGGGCUGUUAACAGCAGCUCUCUAAUCAAAAUCUCCCAUACCUCUCGAAAGAGAGAGAGGAACCUCCCCACUGCACUGCAUUGAACUACACACAUACACACACACACACACACACACACACACACACACACACACACACACACACCCUGCUGAGAGAGAGUGGUGAUUGUGUGCGGGUCAGGGCUUAAGGAAUGGUAAUGAUACCAUCAGUGAGAUGGUGUUGGUCUCUGAGAAUCUGUUUGCAAUACACCCUCCUAUCACUACAACACAAUGUAUCAUUUCUCUAGCUCAUGCCUUCAGCCAGGGAGAUACAUACUGUCGGGCCCACAGCGGGUCAGUGGCACCUUAAUUGGGGAGGACGGGCUCGUGGUAAUGGCUGGAGCGGAAUGAGUGGAAUGGAAGCAAAUGUGUUUUCAUGUGUUUGAUGCCAUUCCAUUUGCUCCGUUCUGGGCAUUAUUAUGAGCCAUCCUCCCCUCAGCAGCCUCCUGUGUCGAAGGCCUAUUGUGGUUUUGUUUGAGUGUUUUUGUAGCUGUGUAUGUUAUUGCAGGACAGUUGUGGUUCUUUCCUGAGGGCUACAGCCUCUUUAUGUAAUUAUCAGGCCAAACAGACUGGCACCCAGGCUAAUAACCUCCUGGUUCAGUUACAGGUUGCUAAUUCUCGAUGGCUGCAUCUGAAAUGGUACCGACCAGAGCUCUGGUCAAAGGUCACGCAGUACAGGGAAUACGGUGUCUACAAGACUAUGAUGUUUUUAUUUUAUUUGACCUUGAUGUGGUUACAGGAGGGAUUGGAGUUCCCAUCCCAAAUGGAAUGUUAGGUCACACUUUAUUUGGAUAAUCCGGAUUUAUGGUCAUACUGUCAACAAACUAUCUGUCGAUGAGCAACUACUUGUUAAGGUUACAAUUAGGGUUAGAAUAAGGGUACGGGUAAGGUUAGGGUAAGAGUUAAGUUUAGGGUUAGGAUAAGGGUUAAGGUUAAGGUUAGUUAGGGUUAGUGUUCGAGCUAGGGUUAGUAGAUAGUUACAGAUGGACUAUCCAAAUAAAGUGUUACUGCAAACUAUAUUUCCUACAUAGCCCUAUGGGCCCUGAUCAAAAGUAGUGCACUAUGUAGGGAAUAGGGUGCCAUUUGGGAGGCAGGGAGCUAGGGCAGAGUGGUAGAUGGAGGAGAGAUUCACUACUUUAGAGUGAGUGGGCGUGUUUGCGGUGGUGGAAAAAGUACCCAACUUUCAUACUUGAGUAAAAGUAAAGAAACCUUCAUAUAAAAUGAUUCAAGUGAAAGUAAAUGUCACCCAGUGAAAUUCUACUUGAGUAAAAGUGGAAAAGUAUUUGGUUUAAAAUAUACUUAAGUAUCAAAAGUAAAAGCAUAAAUCAUUUCAAAUUCCUCAUAUUAAGGAAACCAGAUGGCACCAUUUUCUUUUUUACAUUUCUGGAUAGUCAGGGGCACACUCCAACACUCAGACAUCGUUUACAAAUGAAGCAUGUGAGUUUAGUGAGUCUGCCAGAUCAGAGGCAGUAGGGAUGACCAGGGAUGACCAGGGAUGUUUGGUUGAUAAGUGCGUGAAUUUGACUAUUUUCCUGUCCUGCUAAGCACUCAAAAUAUAACUUUUGGGUGUCAAGAGAAAUGUAUGUAGUAAAAAGUUCAAUAUUUUCACAAGGAAUAUAGUAAAGUAAAAGUAGUCAAAAAUAUAAAUAGUAAAGUACAGAUACCCCAAAAACUAAUUAACUAGUACUUUAAAGUAUUUUUACUUAAGUACUUUACACCACUACUUUGUCAAGCCAGAGGAGAGAAAGGGAGGAACGAGGGUUCAGAGAGAAUUAUAGGAAUUACGAUGGCUUCUUCCAGACCUGGUAAUCCUAAAUAAGGUGCUGACACCAGGCAUCUUCAUCUCUCUCUCUCUCUCUCUCUCUCUCUCUCUCUCUCACACACACACUCUCUCUCUCUCUCUCUCUCUCUCUCUCUCUCUCUCUCUCACACACACACACACUCUCUCUCUCUCUCUCUCUUUCUCUCUCUGUUGUGAAAGUGUGUGAGCUAUAACACGACAGUGUUGCAAUCCUCCAGGGUCCAUGUUGUACAAUGUUGUGUGUCUGUAUGUCUGUUAUGCUAGCAGGCUGUCUGUCUGUUAGGCUAGCAGGCUGUCUGUCUGUUAGGCUAGCAGGCUGUCUGUCUGUUAGGCUAGCAUGCUGUCUG